UCGGGUUAUCUAAAAUAAAUACGAUGGAUGUUGUAGAGGUUUAUGUAAACUUAUUACAGAAUGUUGAGUAUCGAAAGAAACACGCGGAAAGCUGAUUUCAAGGUCGUGUUGUAGUCCUCUUUCAGUCUCGAAGCUGUUUUUGUUCACUUAGGCUCUGCUAUUUUCAUAUGAAUUGUGCUAGAAGUGACAUUGACUAUAUUUUAUAGAAUAUGCUCUCAUGUAGUUCGUUGGCUCGAAGUGCUGACGUUAGAUAUCUAAUAAAUCUGUGCAGAUCGUCUGCUGUGUCGUCGGAGCAAUUAUCAGCGUUUAAGCCCAAAACUGCGCUAAUAUUGGCUAAAUUAUCCAAAUACGAUUGUGAAAAGUCAAUGGAAACUUAUUUGAAUGAUGACCAAUUAAAAACGUCUAUAGAAAGAAGAGGUUUUAACCCUCGUCUUCUGAUCGCUCGGCAUGAAACACAUUAUGCGAAAUUAUUUGAAUUGAAAAAUGCUUUAAGAGACCAUGGUUUAGAAGUACAUAUUGUGGAUCGUCAUGAUUACUCAGUGGAUUCUGUUAAUUGGGCAGAUGUUGUUUUUACUGCUGGUGGUGAUGGAACAUUUCUUCUUGGUGCUAGUAAAAUUCUACAUCCUAAUAAACCAAUUAUCGGUUUUAACACUGAUCCUUCAUUCUCUCAUGGAUUUUUAUGUUUACCGAAAUGGUGUACUUCCAAUGUUCCUACAGCUAUUCAUCUUCUUUUAUCAAAACAUUUCCAAUGGCUUUGGCGUCAGCGUAUACGUGUCACCAUAACUCAUUCAAAAAAUGAUCAGUUGAUAAUGCAACCUUUGGAUAAAAAUAAACCAAUUAACCAAAGUAUUCAUGAAAUAGAAUUAUCAAAUACCCCACUGGAUUCUUCAUCAUGCCAACUAUUUCCAUCUUGCUGUCCAAGUGAAAUGAAGACAACAUUACUACCUGUAUUUGCUUUGAAUGAGGUUUUUGCUGGGGCUGCUUCAAGCGCAUGUGUCUCCGUUUAUGAUAUCUCAAUUGAUUCCGGAAAAACUAUUGAAAAACAAAAAUCAAGUGGUCUAGUCAUUUCUACUGGUACAGGUUCUACUUCAUGGUCUCAUCAAAUUAAUAAAAUAUCCAAAUCGAAUAUUAGAAAAUUAUUUGAUCUUGUUCAACAGAUAAAUCCAAUUAUUUUGUCGAAUUAUUUACUAGAUCAUGGUACAAAUACAUCUUCAUUUGGGAAUUCAAAUGUCAUUACAUUGGAUUGUUUAAUUGAAACAAUUGAGGCAUUAUAUAAUAAAUCAUUUAUUUUUAAUCCAGAAGAUUGUCAAAUGAUGUAUACAGUUAGAGAUCCAUUGAAUAAUGGUGUAUUCAAAGUUACCAAACCGCAUGGUUUCGCUACAGAAUUGUACAUCCGAUCACUUAUGGAUGAAGGUCAUUUGGCAUUUGACAGUGGUAUCACAUUUCCUUUCAAAUCGGGAUCCAUUGCGAAAUUUACCGUUCUUCCUUCUGAUGCAUUAUGCUGUGUCACAUUUGAUGUUCCUUGUCCAGUGAACUAAUAUCUCAGGUAUUUUUAGUUCAGCUUUAUUGAGGGAUGAAUUUAGACCAUUCACUACCAGCGUUCGUUGUAAUCAUUUGUGAAUGUAUCAUUUUGUAUUAUUUACUUCCACUAUUCCCUAGACAUUUAGUCAUCAUACCAUAAAUGAAUUCAUUAUCGAGCACUUUUUCUUAUUAAUUCACGAAUUAUGUUUCUGAGAUUCUGUACAUCAUGAAAUUUGCAAUGCAAUACCCAUACUGUAACUUGUACGUUUUUUGGUUGUUUUAUUAUUAUUGGCUUUAUUCAGCAUUAUAUACUCAAUACAAUAUCGACUUCUCCCUACAAGGUAUUUCAACAAGUUUAUUUAAGAGGAUGAGCAAAAGGGUGGAGGAAACUGCUAAUUGC